AUGAUUGCAAAACUGUAUGAGGAUGACUCUGAAGAGUAUCUUUUCCCAGGGUCACGUGUCUUACAAGAGCCUUCGACACUCGAUAUGACAAUGCCGCCCAUCUACUCAAAAAGAGUCUUGAUAUUUUCUACCGACAAUACUCUGGACCCAGCGCAUGACCGUGCAGAAGGCGUUCGAGUGCUACGCCAUGCAAUGCAGGCUACUGUUGAGCAAUAUCCAGUUUUGGCCAAUGGAGUCAGCUUUUCUUCGGGUGCUUGGAAAUUUUUCCCAGGCCAGGCUCGACUUCUUAUUAAAGAGCUGCCAAUGACUUAUGAAGAGUUGAAGAGUGCAAAUUUCUCAUCAAAUUUACUACAAGCAGACGUUCUUACUUCAUUACCUGAGAUGGCUGAUUUCGAAAAUGAUUGGGAUUGCUGCAGAAUUCAGGCGAACUUUAUCAAAGGGGGACUCUUGUUAUGUGUUUCGAUCUUUCACCUUGCAAUGGACGGUACUUCCAUCACACAGGUUAUUCAAGACUUGGCUCGAAAUAGCUGUGCCAAACAAGCACCGACGAAAAAGAGUCCAGCUGCGUUCGAUCGUUCUCCACUUUCGGUUUCUAGCUCUGUUCCAGAUAUUGCCAAGAUGCCCGCUUACGUUGUAUCAUCUAAAACUGUUGAUUUUGCUGCUAGAAUUGCCGGCGCUCUUACUUCAACAAUGUACCAAUUUACGAACGAAUCUUUAUCUCGCCUCAAAUCAGAUUGUUCCGUAAAUUUACCAGCUGAAUGUCAAUGGAUAAGUACUCAAGACGCAGCUUGUGCACUUGUCUUUCGUCAAAAAGUCAAAGCUCGCUUUGCGGCGGGUAUUCUUAAAUCCACAGAUGUGGUACAAUAUUCAUUCCCUGUAGAAUUUCGAAAUAUAAUCGAUCCACCAUUACCGUCAGAUUUCGUCGGCAACGCUGUUGUUUUCACAGCCACCCCUUUCAUGAGGGUAGAUAGUCUUCUCAAACCUGAAGGUCUCUCAACUACUGCAGCAGCCAUUCGUCAAGCUGUCAAAUGUGUUGAUGCUGCCUUUGUUGACAAUGCAAUUGCGGUGAUGGGUGAAAAACCUGAUGUUGGAUCUCUUACGUAUUAUGGAGCGCUUCAUGGUAAGACGACGGGAGUCAAUUCCACGACGUAUAAAAGUUUUGUUAUGCCGGAUAAAUGGCACACUGCAAUUGGCAACUAUGAACUUAUGAGGUUACUCCAUGGUGGGCUUGGAGAUGGUAUGUUUAUAAUUAUGCCUGUGCGGGAAUCGGGGUGGGAAGUUAUUGUAACGUUGGCUGAUUCGGCCAUGGAUAAUUUUGAAGAUGAGGAGUGGACGAAAUAUGCGGUGAAAAUACAGGUUUGA